AUGACUCUUUUAGGAAAUUCCGGGGUCCGCUCAUUAAUAUCAAAAAUCCGGAGAAAGCAUCCAAAACUUUUGUUGCGCCUCAACUCCCACCACCAUCCUCUAGUCGAAUCCAGCGCAAUCUUCCUCCCGCCCGGUCUCCGGAUCCAAUCUCCUCUGCACCCGAUCAAGACGUUCCCCGCCCACUUGAUGUACUCCCGCACCUCCACCCUCUUGAGCAGAAGCUGCCGGUACUUCUUCCGUGCCCCCGUUCACCAGAGACAGACCUUUUCGAUCUCCGCGCGCUCCUUCGCCGCCGUAAACGCAGCUAUGGCCGACGCGACCGCAGGGGUGACCCCCGAGGGACUGAAGAGCAAGUUGAUCGAGCAGUUGCAGGCACAGCAUGUUGAGAUUGAGGACCUUUCGGGCGGCUGUGGCCAGGCAUUCCAGGCGGUGAUUGUAUCCCCACAGUUCGAGAAGAAGACCAUGCUCGCUCGUCACCGAUUGGUAAACUCGGUUCUGAAGGCCGAAAUCGCAGCUAUCCAUGCUUGGACACCUAAGUGCUAUACCCCGGAGCAGUGGCAAGCUUUGCAGCAGUAG